CAUGGCCUGAAUCGAUAAUUAUGCCGGCGACGACCGCUCGUACAUCGGCUACCUGUACGAAAUCACAUCUGGUUGUUCACAGCAAGAGUGCAUCCAGCAACUGGAAGACCAAGUGAAGUUAGCGCCACAACUCGAAACCCCAGCCUCGUGCAGGCUCAGCAAUCAGUUUAACGUGGGAGCACGAUGUCGCAACGAUGACCAAGUAUUGCCUUCCUCCGGGAACAGUCUGGGUGCUACCGAAGAUCCAAAGCUACCUCCAAGUGGUGGCGAAGUCAUCUUCGAAUUAUGGCGCCCUGCUAAGUACAAAGCCGCCGCUGAGUAUGGAGUUACCACAGCGCGAUGCAAGCCAGCACAAUGGGAAGAACGGACGGCCAUCUUCUUUCAAAGCCUUCCUACAUCAGAGAACGGAUGGAUCAAGAAGAGAAAGGAUUGACAUGUCCGAGGCAGACGAUAUUCUAAAGGCAGUUGAUGCUUUGACGUUGAACAUGCCGAGCACUAGCCGGCCCCUAACCCACGCCUAUGUCCGAACCUACAACAACGCCGAUCGACAUGUAUAUCAAGGCACAAGGUGGGGAGAGUUGCAUUUACAGGAUACGCUAUGCUCUUUUGCACAGUGCGCAGGCGCUGCAUGCGCUGCUAUGGUGGCAGAGAAGUUUAUCGGAAGAUUUAUCAGGAACGUAUGCCAAUUUUACUCCCAAAUGUUCAUCGCAACGUGCGAUGUAGCACUGCACAAAGGGCACCCCGAGAAAUUGGUGAAUGCUGCCCAGCUGGUUUUCCUCCGAUCAAGUCGUGAGAACCUAAGUUAUAUCAUCAGCAAUAUCACUGUGAAAUGCCUAAAGGAGUCUGAGAUAGCGCGGAGAUCCUUCAGAUUGGGAUUCAGUGGCAGUUCUGUGACAAGCCCCCUUUCUAUUUUUGAUGCAACCCGAAUCUGAAAGUGUGUAGACGGUGAGGCUUUCAUUGC